GGUUGGUCUGAGGCUGCUCUUCUCUUGCGCGAUGAAAGGCUUGAAGAUACAUAUAUGCCUAAGCCUCGCAGAUUUCACUGCUGGAAAUUGGCAUGUCUUUCCAGUGCGCAGCACUCUUCAAUGACCUCACGAGAUAUCCCAGACUCGGUGUCUUCCUCCACCCGUUAUCUACCCCGCAAACGUCAUUGAAGCCAUAUUAUAUAUCCAGCUCUGCCGGAAGCCAUCACAUACUACUAUAUGUACAUCCUUGUGCUAUCACAUUGUUUCAAUCCGGUUAUACCAACAAGUGCCGCCGCUCCCAGCAAACAUCCUCCGUCUCUGACCACUACUCGCCUACGUCUUCUCUGUCCUCCCCACUGCCCUUCCCUGUCACUGCCCUGUCACUCUGCUAUCCAUCUGGAAGUUGCACGAUAGCGGCAGCUUGUCUUGGCUGCUGCUUAUAGGCUUGGGUUUAUCUGGAAUGAUUCCUUACCCGGCUCAUUGCUAUAUUCUUUCCCCUUUGCUUUCUCGUUUCAGAUGCGGCUAGGCGGGAGGCUGGCUGUUGGAGCUUGCCAUCUAUGCCCCCCAAGCGAAGGAAAAAAAGAAAAGGGUGUCAAACGAAAGGGACUUGAUGAAGUAAGGCUAUAUAAUGCCUCCUUGCUGUUUACGUGCUAGAUCGCCGAACACGGCGAUCCUGUCCGCUGGUCCAAGAGCAACUGCAAUUACCAAUAGCUCACUCGCCGUCAACGGCAGUUUUGGGUUCGAUUUAUUUCUCGAUGGCAAUGUCCAAACCCUGUCUAGCAACCAUGCUCCUCAAAACCUCAUUUCUGGACUUCUUUUCGUCCCAAGUCUUCCAGCAGAUGACCCGUGCAAUAACAUGACAGCGCCCUUCAUAACCACAAAUGUCACUCGCCAGAAGGACGUCUCUGGUUUGGAAUUUCACACUCUCGGUCUAGCACCAUGGGUGUCAUCCAGCUGUACACUGUCAUUCCUAUCCUCCGCGCAGAGAGCCAAGAUUGGGGCUCUCAUCUUCUACCGGCCUGAUAGCGAUAGCAUGGGACUACCUCCGCCUGCAGGGGACCCAAACCCAACCUGGAACCUGGGCGAUCAGGGAAAAUGGAGAUCCCAAAAUCAAUACCCGGUUCUUGCGAUUCCCGGCCCGGCUGGCGUCACGCUGAUGCGCCAACUUUCCUUGUUCUCCGGGAAUUCCGCCGGAUCUCCCUCAUCCGCUGUUAGGAUGUUCACCGUGAUCAAUCUGGGUGAGAAAGCAAGUGUCAAGAGUAGCAAUAACGCCAAAUCAAGCAGUAACAAUAAUGAUAAUGACAAUGGCAUGCACACACUCUGGCCGUUCACAUUCAUCAUUAUUGGAAUCCUCGUCGCCCUCGGCAUCGUAUUUCUCAUUGUCCAUCGGAUCCUCCAAAGAAGACACAGGGAUAGUAUCACCCAAGAAAUAACACUAGGGCAAACACCAGGCAUCGGACCAGCUCUUCCACGACAAUUCCGCACUCGAUCUAGGGUCCCGAGAGACAUGCUCAAUAAGAUCCCGCAGUACACGUACCCUGAUCUCACAGUUCCGCCGAAAGUCGCAGGCGCGACGGCUACUGAGACAUCGUCUUAUGUUGAGAAAGAAGCAUCACCACCAUCGAUAGGGCAAUCUGGCCCCAACGACAAUGACAGCAAACAACCUCCUGAAUCUAGUCGAUUGGAUUAUUGCGAGGUCAGGAAACCGGAAGCUGUAGCUGUAGCUACCACGACAGCCGUUGCUGCUGCCAGUGAAGAAUCUCUUCAGCAGGUUAAGGACUAUCAGCACCGACUUGCUAUAAGUCAAUCGCAGACAACCUGUGUUAUCUGUCUCGAUGACUUUGUACCGAGACUGUCGACCAUCCGUGAACUUCCAUGCGAGCACAUAUUUCAUUCCAGCUGCAUUGACCCUUUUCUCACGCAGAGCAAUAGUUUUUGCCCUCUGUGCAAGAGGGACGUGCUGGCCUCGAUUUCUGAGAAUGGUAAUAAAACCGGUGUUCAUGGUAGUAGAUACUCAAGUUUUAUUCCUAUAUAA